AUGUCCUCAGCACAGCCUAUCAAGAUCACUAGUGCCUGCCUACACUGCAGGUCCAAGAAGCUAAAAUGUGAUACAAAUCUCUUGACGUGUGCGAAUUGUGAAAAGGCUGGAACAGUCUGUGUCGCAGUAGAUCCGAAGUCUGGACGGCAUUAUGAACGAAGAUACCUGAGUGAACUUCAAGAGAAAGUCGCCUCUCUUCGUCGGCGUCUUCGUGAGCAGAGCCAGCAAGAAGCUCCCGUCGAGCAUCCAAACUUGGUGGUUCUCGACAGAAACAGUAGGCUUCCUGACGACUUUUCUGACGAAUCCGUCAAGUCCAGCCCGAAUACUAGUGAUGGGAGUCUCUUCAGCCUUGGAAACCUGGUUGCACUAGCACUAGCGACGCAUUUCCCAAGUAACUCCAGAUUCAAUGUUGACACCCGCCAAGAGCCACCUCCAGAGUCGGCUCCAGUACAAAAAUUGGACUUGCCGCCUCUGUCUGUUACUUGUAGACUUGCAGACCUCUACUUCGAUUUGGGAUUCCAUAAGGUCUCUCCGUUCAUGCGACGAAAAGAGGUUUACCAGCAGAUUGAAAGGCUCUAUGAUAAUCGUGCAGUAGGCACAUCACGAAUUCAGCAGCGCAACGACAUGUUUCAACUCUUCAUGAUACUUGCCGUGGCAACAUCUCUCGUCCGACAAACUCAGCCGUCGGUCUCCCCGUUCGCCUAUUAUUCGUCCGCGAUCCAAUAUGUCGAUAUUCUGUCAGAACCCCCCUGUGACGCUCAGAUUCAAAACACCAUGCUUUUAUUAGUGUUUAGUCAUUUAAAUGACAUUAGCAUUGGAAGCAAGUGGAAGCUGGCACGUCAGGCAAUGCGCAUCUGCAUUCAACUUGGUUACCACAAGAAGCCAGUUCAAGCUUUGGAUCCUGUCACUGAGCAGGUGCAGAGACGACUGUUCUGGUGUUGUUACGUGCAAGAGAGGUUCUCGGCAUGCAAUCUGGGGCGGCCUAUCAUUAUAUCCGAUUCUGAGAUUACGGCCCAGGUGCGUAGACGUAUCUUGUGGCUCCCUUGCCUCCUUACUGAACUGUGGUACAUGCAGAUGCCGGAAGAAAUCUGCCUCGACGAAAUCAGACAUCUGCCCACAUCCAAAUCCGGUGUCCGCAGCGAGGUCUCCGUAUUGAUUCGACAAGCAGCGUUGAGAAGGAUAUCAGCCAAAGUCCGAUCGACACUAUACAACCCAAAUCAAACCACCACGAACCAAGAAGCAGCGACUAAGGAAGCUUUGGCUACUGGUCUCGCUCAAGAGCUGGAGGAAUGGCGAAGCCUGUAUGAAGAGAAAAGUACCGAUGCAUCGUCAAGCUGCCUCUUUGACACAGUCGAAUACUUGAACAUCAACUUAUACCGGGAGCGGCUGUUCAUUUACACGUCUCUUGCUUUUCCUUCCGGGCAAAACAGGAUGCAAUUUAUUCCUGAUAUUCGCCAUCUCGGGUAUUGUCUCGAUGCGGCAGUCCAUAUUGUUCAUGAAUACCAGACUUUGCUUGACAGAAAGAUCGAUCUACCAAUCUGGACACAUGUGCAGGACGUCCUUCGCUCGGGAUUCACUCUACUUUACUGCGGCAUCUAUAUCCCUCUCUUUCUAUUACAACCUGGUCAAGGCGAAUUAACCGAAAUGGGCCCCGAAUCGGCCAUCAUCAUUCAAGGCAUGGACAACUGCAAAAGAAUGCUGCAGAAUCUGUCAAGAAAAUGGCUGGCAGUAACCCCUCACCUACUCGCUUUUGACCGUCUGUCAGACGAGGUAAAACGGCUAAGCCGCGUGCCUAAGCCACCAGUCCCGUCUGCUGCCCGGAACGAAAUUCCGGUGACAAACUCGUAUUUGCACUCGGAUAUUGUGCCAUUAGAUGGUCAACUUACGUUCUGGAACGUUCCUCUAGAUGUCUCCUCCUGGGAUGCCAUGCUUGAUGGCGACAUAGAUAUGCAGGCCGUCUUUGGCAAUGACUUUGAUGCGUUCAAUGAGAAUGACCGUGGGCGUGCUGACAACUGGGAGUGA